AUGGCAGACGAAGAGAAUCCAAAGGCUGGGGACCUGAUUGAAGUCUUCAGAUUAACAUACCAGCACUGGGCUGUGUACAUCGGGGAGGGUUAUGUCAUUCACCUCGCGUCACCCGACCAACAGGCAAUGGGGUCCGCCAGCGUGACAAGUCCCAUAGCCAUUGUGAAGAAGGAGAAGCUGGAGGACGUGGUGAAUGGAAACGAUUGGAAAGUCAAUAAUAUCCUGGACAACGAAUAUCAACCCCGCCCUAUAGAGGAUAUCAUAAAGGACGCGAUAGCCAUGGAGGGCAAGACCGUGCCGUACAAAAUCACAAGUGCCAACUGUGAACACUUUGCCACAAAUCUGCGAUAUGGCAAGGCCGAGUCACGCCAGGUGAGAAAUACAGGUUAUGAAGUAACCUAUGUAAAAUUAUGAAUCCAUCCUUUUUAGUUGGUAAACAAUUGGUUCUCAAUUGGUUUGGUGCUUUCCUGGAAUCAGAAUCGUAAUUCUCUAAAGUUCUUGUUCAAUUGUCACAUCAUUGUUUCACUUAUGCAGGUCAAAACGUCAGUUCCUGAUUGCUUUUAGCACAUAGCAUAU